AUGGUGGUGCCAACGAUGGAAAGCCUACCACGAGUACCUGAUACCCACGGGGACACCGUGGACGAGAAGCUGUUCUCGGACCUCUACAUCCGGACGAGCUGGUUCGAUGCUUCAAUUGCUCUCGAUCAAAUAGAGAAGGGUAAAGCACGGGGGAGACGGUCGUCGGUGUACAUGCGGUCCCUGUUCCAGUCGUACCUGUACAGCCUCGGCUGCUGGAUACAGAAGCACGCCGGCAAGGUACUGUUCGUGGCGGUCCUGGUGCUGAGCACGUUCUGCGUCGGGCUGAAGUCGGCCACGUCUCACUCGACGGUGCGCGAGCUGUGGAUACAGGAGGGCGGCUCGCUGGAGCACGAGCUCGCCUACACGCAGAAAUCGCUCGGCGAGAUGGAUUCGUCCACGCAUCAGCUGCUCAUCCAAACGCCAAAGGACAUGGAGGCGUCGAUACUGCACCCGACCGCGCUCCUGGCGCACCUGGACGUGGUGCGGCAGGCGAUCGCGGUAACGGUGCACAUGUACGAAACGACCUGGAGCCUCAAGGACAUGUGCUACUCGCCGAACGUUCCGACCUUCGACAUCCACUUCAUCCAGCAGAUCUUCGACAACAUCAUCCCGUGCUCGAUCAUCACGCCGCUCGACUGCUUCUGGGAAGGCAGCAAGCUGCUCGGGCCCCAGUACCCCGUCCACAUACCGGGCCAAACGAACAAGGUGACGUGGACGUCGCUCAACCCGCAGACGCUGCUGAAGAACAUCAGGACGCAGAACUAUCAGUUCCCGUUCGACACGCUCGAGCAGUACAUGAAGCGGGCCGGCAUCAGCACCGGCUACACCGAGAAGCCGUGCCUCAACCCGAAGGACAAGCAGUGCCCGGAGACGGCACCGAACAAGCAGUCGGGCCUGGUGCCCGACAUCGGGGCCACGCUCACCGGUGGCUGCUACGGGUUCGCCGCCAAGUACAUGCACUGGCCGGAGGAGCUGGUGGUGGGCGGUGGGGUGCGCAACCGCACACACCACCUCCGGUCGGCCAAGGCGCUCCAGACGGUGAUCCAGCUGAUGGGCGAGCGGGAGCUGUACGACUACUGGGACAAUCACUACAAGGUGCAUCACAUCGGCUGGAACAUGGAGAAGGCGACCAACGUGCUGCACGCGUGGCAGCAGAAGUUCUCGGCCGAGGUGCACAACAUCAUGCAAACGGACGUAAAGCCGCUGUCCCACUACGGUGUGUACCCAUUCUCAUCCGCCAUGCUCGACGAUAUCCUCGGGAAGUACUCGAGCCUGGACCCGCUCAGCAUCGGUAUCGGCUUGGCCAUUAUCCUCGUGUACACGGCGUGUUCGCUGCUUCGCUGGCGCGAUCCACCCAUCGGCCAGAGCGGCGUCGGGCUGGCCGGGGUGGGGCUGAUCGCGGUGACCACGGCUGCCGGCCUGGGGUUCUGUGCCUUGCUGGGGAUCGCAUUCAACGCGGCCACCGCCCAAGUGAUUCCGUUCUUGGCGCUCGGACUCGGUGUCGACCACAUCUUCGUGCUGACGCACGCGUACUCGGAGCGUGACCCGACCGAGCAGACGGCCCACGUACUGAAGAAGGCCGGCCUGAGUGUGCUGUGUACCGGCGGAACGACGGCGGCUUCGUUUUUUGCGGCCACCCUCAUCCCAGUUCCGGCCCUGCGCGUGUUCUGUCUGCAGGGUGCGAUCCUGGUCGCGUUUGACCUGGCCGCGGUGUUGCUCGUGUUUCCGGCGAUGAUCUCGAUCGACCUGCGGCGCCGCCGGUCCGGCCGGUACGACGUGCUGUGCUGCUAUCUGCCGCCCCCGCCAGUGAACGAGCCGGCCAAGCAAAGGUACCACUACCACCAGCAACCACCGCCAUCACCGUCACCGUCGGCAGAAGCACCAAUAACGGCCGCACCGGAAGAGCAGCGUCAAGAGGAAGAAUCGCUGCUCGAUUGUCCGUCGCGGUCGUUCUUAAGCUUCUCGUUGUCGCAGUUCGCCUGGAAGCACUACGCCCCGUUCAUUGCUCGGGGCUGGGUGAAGGUCGUGUCGAUGCUGGUGCUCUCGGGCGUCAUUGGGGUGUCGCUGUUCGCCUCGAUGAACCUCCCGGACGGGCUCGAGCUGACCGACCUGGUGCCGCAGAACACGAACGAGCACCGGUUCCUGAGCGUGCAGGGCAAGCUGUUCGGGUUCUACAGCAUGUUCGCGGUGACGCAGGGUGACUUUGAGUACCCGAACAACCAGAAGCUGCUGCACGAGUACCACGAGGCGUACGUGCGCGUGUCGCACGUGAUCAAGAACGACAACGGGGGGCUGCCGGACUUUUGGCUCAGCCUGUUCCGGGACUGGCUCGCGAACCUGCAGAAGGCGUUCGAUCGGGACUACCGGGACGGGUGCAUCACGCAGGAACGGUGGUACUCGAACGCGAGUAACGAAGCGAUCCUCGCGUACAAGCUGCUCGUGCAGACCGGCCACGUCGACAACCCGAUCGACAAGAGUCUGGUAACGCAGGUGCGGCUCGUCGACUCGGAGGGCGUCAUCAACCCGCCCGCAUUCUACAACUACCUGUCCGCCUGGGCGUGGAACGAUGGGCUGGCUUACGGUGCUUCACAGGGCAAUCUACGGCCGGAGCCACGCGAAUGGAUGCACGUGCCGUCCGAUUACGAGCUGAAGAUCCCGAAAAGUGCCCCACUAACCUACACCCAGCUGCCGUUCUACCUGCACGGCCUGAGCGACACCGCCGACAUCAAGACGAUGAUCAGUCAGAUACGGGAGCUGUGCUCCAAGUUCGAGGCGCGCGGUUUGCCCAACUAUCCUUCCGGCAUUCCGUUUAUGUUCUGGGAACAGUACAUGAACCUGCGGCCCUGCCUGCUGAAGGCCGUCGGUUGCGCGCUGCUGGCCGCGUUCUGCUUGGUCGCGCUGCUGCUACUGUCGGCGUGGGGCUCGCUGCUGAUCGUGCUCAGCAUUGUCGCGAUGCUGAUACAGCUGCUCGGCGUCAUGAUGCUGCUCGGCAUCAAGCUGUCCGCCAUUCCGGCCGUCAUCCUGAUCGCCAGCGUCGGUCUGGGGGUCAACUAUAGCGUGCACUUGUCACUGGCAUUCAUUACGUCGAUCGGAAACCGUGAUCGGCGCGUCCGGUUGGCACUCGAACACUCGCUGGCACCGAUUCUGCACGGCGUUAUCACCUCGGUCCUGGCCGUCUGCAUGCUGUCCAUGUCGUCGUUCGAGUUCGUCGUGCGGCACUUCUUCUGGUUGCUACUCUCCGCCAUCGUCCUCAGUGCGAUCAACGGACUGUUCUUCCUUCCUGUGCUGCUGGGCCUGGUCGGGCCGGGCGCGGAGGUGAUACCGCUGCAGUACACGAACCGCAUCUCGACCCCCUCGCCGCCACCGAAGCGCAUCAACAAGCUGUCAUCGUCCAACAAACCGAUCAUCCUGAACAACAAGCGAUCGUCGUGCUCGCGCAGCUGCACCAAAGCGCACCACCACCACAAGCACAACAACGUGAACCUCAACAACGAACCAUCGCUGACGACGAUCACCGAGGAGCCACAGUCGUGGAAGAGUUCCGCCUCGUCCAUCGCGUCGAUCCACGAGAAAACGAACGCCGCGUCUGGCGGUCAACAUCACUCCAACGUGCCGGGAGCCGGCAGCGUCGGUGGUGGUGGCACCGGUGAUGGACAACCCACGGCCGGUGGCAGUGGGUUGUAUGGGCAUCCGGGCCACCAUUACCAUCACCAUCACCACCAUCAGCCGGCACCGGAGCUGCAGAGCAUCGUGCUACAACCGGAGGUGACCGUGGAGACGCACCAUCACGGUGGGGAGCAUCAAAACACCAAGGUGACGGCCACCGCCAACAUCAAGGUGGAGCUGGUGACACCGGGCCGUGCGGCCCGCAUGGUACACACUAGGACUAGCAGCAACAAUAGCACCACCUCCUCGGUCAGCAGUACCGGGAGCACCCACGGAAGCAGCGGCAGCGUAAACGGCAGCACCGGCAGCGGCAGUAGUUAG